AUGGCGCCAGACCCUGGUAAAGGAGUAGGGGCCUGGACACGAGUCAGUGAGGACGUCGACUUGACUCUUAACAUAAUAUGGUCCUGGGAAAAGUUGGAACAGCUGGACUCUAGGCUCAGACUGCUGCAAAACUCUAUUGAGCCCACCACCAUAAACUGGAUCGAUUCACUGGGGCACUCUGUUGAAGUCGGUGGAGAUCUAACAGUGCCUGACGACACACUAGCUUACAACGGAUUCAAAAUGGAGAGGUUGUUGGAGACCUUUCAAACUUGUUAUCCCGCAAUCACAACUUCUUUAAAGCAGGAGAGCUGCACAACCAUGUUGAAUACUGGGAUAUUAGUCCCCUAUCACCUGGUAAAACUCGGCUACUUUCUAGGUCUUCAGAAAUCGAUUUUGGAACCAAGAAAGGUAUUCCCUUACUCGGGAUUUCUAGCCGACUCCGCCCGCCAGCUGUUUCAUCUGAAACCCGACAAGAAGCAGAAAUUCCUUGAGCUCUUACAAGGGAUUUUGGGAAGCAAGCGAGUUUCGAUGAAAACACUACAACGUCUAGUAGGGAAGUGCAACUCGUUUAGCCUUGCUGUCCCUGCCACUGGCUUGUUCAUAAGGCCCAUACCCUGGAGGGAUGAGCAUUAUGUCACGAUAUCCAUUGCUACAUAUGCCUCUGGUACUGGCUGGGGUGGGGUGCUAUCGCUACCCUCGCAUGAUGAGAAAUUUGAUGGCGCUCGAUUCGAAUGCCAUGAAAGAUUCACAAGGACGACCUCUGUCGCACUUUACGCCGCAGCCUUCUCCAGGGUCGCUGGGGGUAAACCUCUUCACGCAAGACCUAUUACGUCAUGGUACCGUAAUGAAACGGCCGUAUGCUGUCCCCCUAAGACACUAACUGGCCCUUUCAUAAAAUUCUUGGAGAUCUUUAAACAGUCUUGCACUGUUGUCGUCAUGGAUGUAUUCCCGAAGAAGUUCUGGUGGCCAAUUAUGGAGAACAUGGCAUCUAAGAAGAAACGACUUGAGGUCCGUGGUGACAGACACGCCCUCCUGGUCCCAUCUAAAAAGGGUUGGUGUCGCCAUCCAGGAAUCCAUGGAGUCCUAUGGGCUUUUGCUAUAACUUUAAUAUGAGUUGUCUGGACUUGAAUGAAUGACUUUGACAAUUUAUCUGUGACAAUUGAUAAUAUAGAGUUAUAUGAUGCCUGUAAGUACGAGUAUAGGAACUCUGUCUUUGAGUGCAAACAACCUUAUGAACACUGCUGGGCACGAAAACGUUAACAAAUGAUAUGUAUUAUUGUAACAAGCGUAUGUUUGCAUGCACUAGGAUGAUAGAAAUAUUUAUAUAUAAUAUAG